AUGUUGCGAAAUGAAGUUGAACCGCUUAUCAAAAAACCUGGGAAUGUUCUCAUAGAUACCAACUAUAAAGGCAGAAAGGUAUUAUCGUGGCAUCAUUUGUAUGCUUCGGUACCUUUGCAAAACCAACACCGAGGGCAUACUCGCAAACAAGUUAUAGAAAAUGUUUCUGGAAUCGCACUACCUGGAGAAGUUCUGGCAAUAAUGGGAGGUAGCGGAGCUGGAAAAACAACGUUAAUGAAUAUACUCGCUCACCUUCCAACUAAAGGCGUCGAAAAACAAGGGAACGUCUUAGUUAACGGAAAAACUCUAACAAAAACUCAAAUGCGCUCAAUAUCUGCUUAUGUUCAACAAGAAGAUGUGUUUUGUGGAACAUUAACAGUGAAAGAGCAGUUAACUUACUCUGCUUUACUUAGAAUGGGAAGACAAUAUUCUAAUAUAGAGAAGAGAGAAAAAGUCGAACAACUCAUAGCUGAGAUGAAUCUCGUCGAAUGCCAGAACACGCUCAUAGGCAUACCAAAUCGCACUAAAGGUAUAUCAAUCGGAGAAAAGAAAAGGCUCUCAUUCGCAUGUGAAUCUCUAACAGAUCCUGCUAUAAUGUAUUGCGAUGAACCCACCAGCGGAUUAGAUGCUUUCAUGGCUGCUCAGGUUGUAAGUGCAUUGAAAUUAAUGGCAGAAAAGGGAAAAACAAUUGUCACUGUUAUACACCAACCUAGCAGCACUGUUUUCAAAAUGUUUAACAAAGUUUGUUUCAUGGCCAAUGGAAAAACGGCUUACCACGGACCAGUGUCAGAAAUAUGUAGUUUUUUUGAGAGCUUGAACGUUGAACAUCUGCGUGUUCCAGAAUCUUACAACCCAGCGGAUCAUUUCAUCGCCAAACUUUCUAUAUCCGGGGAAACUGCUGACAAAGAUUUGAAACAAAUUGAACUGAUACGUAAUCAUUAUGACACUAGCGAGUUGGGACAAAAAAUGUUGAAAGCAGUAGAAGAGCAACGCAGUAUGGGGUUCGGAGAAAAAGCCGUUACUGAUUUCUCUAUUAGAUACUUCGCCUCGUUUUGGAUUCAGUUUGUAGUUCUUUUCCAAAGAUCUUUUCUAACUACACUGAGAGAUCCACUGCUACUUAAAGUUAGACUCAUACAAGUUGUUCUCACUGCGCUAGUGAUUAGUACAGUUAAUUUCCGAACUCCAGUUUAUGGACCCACCGUGAAGAACAUGGAAGGGGUGCUUUAUAAUGCGGCCAGAGAUAUGAAUUUCUUGUUCCUAUUCCCGUCCAUCAAUGUAAUUACGUGCGAACUACCAAUAUUUCUACGAGAGCAUAAGAGUAGAAUAUACUCAGUUGGCAGCUACUAUCUUGCAAAGUCAUUGGCGGAGUUACCCCAAUAUGCCAUAUUGCCACUAAUCUAUUCUGCCAUCGUUUAUUGGACAACAGGACUAGUAGAAUCCUGCAGCAAAUUUCUCAUUUUCUCUCUCGUUUGUAUGCUUCUAACUCAGAAUGCUGUUUCAGUAGCUUAUGCUGGUGCCGCUGUUUUUGGUGAGGAAGCAAUAGCUGUUACAUAUUUACCAAUGUUAAUAUUGCCAAUGCUAACGUUCGGAGGAUAUUAUAUCAAUUUCCAUAGUAUUCCUUCUUAUCUCCAGCCGUUUUCUUAUUUCUCAUGGUUUCGCUAUGGCUUCGAAGCUCUCGAAAUUAAUCAAUGGAAAGAGAUAACUCAUAUCGAAGGAUGUACCGGUCUAUUAUCACAAGGCAAUAACACAGUGUUUUGCCCUGGCGAAAACGGAGAAGAUAUACUCUACAGAAGAGGAAUGGAUGGAGAAAUAGCUCCAAACCUAUUACUUCUAACUCUUUUUAGUGUUUUAUUCCGAAUGAUUGGAUUUGUCGCGCUGAGCUUGAGAGCAAAGUAUUCCAAAUGA